AUGGACACCCCAGGUCAGAAGAGGGACGCAUGGUAUAGAGCGGGUUACCAAUCCCGCAUGACCCGCCUGCAGGAGAAGGAGAACCUGCAGAAGCUCAACGACCGGCUGGCCGUCUACAUUGGCUGGGUGCGCUCGCUGGAGUCGGAGAAUGCCGGUCACCGGCUGCGCAUCCCCACCCCUGACGAGGCGUCAAGCCGUGAAUUGUCGAGCAUCAAAGCGACCUACGAAUCGGAGCUGGCGGAUGCCCGCAAGACCUUGGAUUCUGUGGCCAAAGAGAGAGCACAACUUCAGCUGGAGCUGAGCAAAGUGCGGGAGGAAUUCAAGGAGCUGAAGGCACAGAAUGCCAAGAAGGAAAGGGACCUGCAGGCCGCUCAGGCUCGCCUCGACUCCAGGGAGACCCAGCUCAACUCCAAAGAGGCCGCGCUCACCACCGCCCUGGGGGAGAAGAGGAACCUGGAGAGUCAAGUUCAGGAGCUGAGGGUGCAAGUGGACAAGCUGGAAGCCGCCCUGGGCGAGGUGAAGAAGCAGCUGCAGGACGAGAUGCUGCGUCGGGUGGACGCCGAGAACCGUCUGCAGACGCUGAAGGAAGAACUCGACUUCCAGAAGAACAUUUACAGCGAGCUGGCUGCCAGGGAGUCGCAGCUGCGGGACCUGGAGGACGCGCUGGCCCGGGAGCGGGAGACCAGCCGGCGCAUCCUGUCCGACAAGGAGCGGGAGAUGGCGGACAUGCGGGCCAGGAUGCAGCAACAGCUGGACGAGUACCAGGAGCUCCUGGACAUCAAGCUGGCCCUGGACAUGGAAAUCCACGCCUACCGCAAGCUGCUGGAGGGAGAGGAGGAGAGCACUGACAUGGUGUGGAAGGCCCAAAGCUCCUGGGGCUCUGGAGACAGCCUGCGUACCGCCCUGAUCAACUCCAGCGGAGAG